AUGGCUUUCUGGAGUUAUAUGAGAAUGUUUAGCUUGUUUGCAUUGUUGUGGGUUGUAAAUUUGGGAGGCCGAGAUGCGGUUGUGGCAUACUCAUCACAAAAUGCAACUGCACUAGCGUUCACUUCAUGUCUGAGUGGAAAUGGUAUCGAAAACGUGACGUUCAAAAGCUCUUCUUCAUCAAGCAACUACUACUCGCUCCUCGAAUUCUCUCUGCAGAAUCUGCGCUAUGCGGAAGAAAGCGUGCCGAAGCCAUACGCUUUGAUUGUCCCGGAGAGCAGAGACCAACUGCACAAGUCAGUGCAGUGCUCCAUACAACACGGCUGGCAGAUAGUGAUGCUCAGUGGAGGGCACAGCUAUGAGGGUCUUUCCUCCACUUCUCAGGCUCCCAAUUUCGUCAUCAUCGAUGUAAUGAAAUUGGAAAGAGUUGAGGUGAAUAUGAAAUCCAAGACGGCUUGGGUGGAGUCCGGUGCAACUUUAGGCCAACUCUACUCCGCCAUUGCAAACAAGACUUCGCUCUACGGUUUCCCUGCGGGAGUCUGCCCGACAGUAGGCGUGGGCGGGACUUUGAGUGGAGGUGGGCUUGGGUUACUCGCAAGGAAAUAUGGCGUCUCGGCAGACCACGUUAUAGAUGCCCUGCUUGUGGACGCCAAUGGCAUAUUGGUGGACAGAAAGGGGAUGGGAGAAGAUGUGACGGGAAACGAUAACGUGACAGAGCUUGUAGAACGAUGGCAAUCUGUUGAACCGUUUGCCCCCGAGGAUCUCUAUAUCCGUGUCUUUGUGUUCGGAGGCAGUCCUGUUAGCCUUACCUUCAAUGGAAUGUAUUUGGGUUCUCUACCACAACUCCUCAAACUUGUGAAUGAGAUCUUUCCUGAGAUGGGUCUGGUCGCCGCCGAUUGUAACGAGACAGACUGGAUCGGCUCGGUCAUCUCGACUGCUGUGGCCAACGGAUAUUCUGCCGACCUCCUCAACAGAUAUCUUGCCACCAAAAGGUACUUCAAGAAUAAGUCCGAUUAUGUGAAGAGCGCCAUCUCUUCAUCAGGCCUACAGGGAGCAUGGAAGAUUAUGGAACAGAAGCCCGACAGCCAAAUGAUAUUGGCUCCCUUUGGAGGCGUAAUGAAUAGGAUACCAUCUACUCGGAUUCCCUUCCCCCAUCGAGCAGGGUAUUUAUAUGAAAUUCAGUACGUACUCAACUGGGACGACGCUUCCGAAGAUGCAGAGUCUGUGGCUUGGAUGCGAAAGUUGUACGAAUACAUGACUCAUUAUGUUUCAAAAUCUCCCAGAGGUGCUUACGUCAACUACAUAGACCUUGACUUGGGCCAUGCAUCUGCUAAUGGAACCUCCACCGUACAACAAGCAAAGUCGUGGGGCGAAAAGUAUUUUGGUGUGAAUUUCUUCAGGCUGGUGCAUGUCAAGACUAAAUUCGAUCCCAACAAUAUUUUCAAGAAUGCUCAGAGCAUUCCCCCACUCAGUCACACUUGA